CAGUUCGGCGCAAUCCCUUUAUUGGAGGCAGCCACACUACCAACGAAUUCCAAACAAUACCAACUGCGAAAUCCUUGGGUCUACUUCCAUCAGAACUGCCACCGUUAUCGCCGAGAGUGUCCCCAAAAACAUGACUAAUCCCAGAGCAGACUGAUUGCAUCCGACACUCCCGUGUGUGAGCCUGGCUAUGUGAUCGCCGUACAGCGCCCAGUUGACUCGCGAGUGAUUGCAUUCCAAUCGGAUUCGAUACGAGUGCCAGUUGCACCACCGAAAAUUCCAAUACAUCAGGAGAGGAAAAAAAAAUUAUACAGCGGAUUGCCAGCUAAACAGUUCUCGAAUCAAGUGCCUCUAAGUGAAACCCAGGGAUGCGACGCGGAUCAAGUUGAAUCGAACUCCCCCGGACCAGUUGCUUAUUGUUGUUUGUUUUAUCCCCGAAAGCUGCUGACGUCACAAGAUGGUCUCGCUGAUAAAAAAUCAACUUCUCAAGCAUUUGUCAAUCUACACGAAGAACCUCUCCUCGGACAAAAUAAACCUAAGCACGUUCCGGGGCGAGGGUGAGCUAUCUAACCUGGAGCUGGAUGAGCGAGUGCUCACCGAGCUGCUGGAGCUGCCCAGCUGGCUGCGGCUUACCUCCGCCUGGUGCAACCAUGUCUCCUUUAGAAUUAGCUGGACUAAGCUCAAGAGCGUGCCCAUCACCUUGACCCUCGACGAAGUGCGCAUCACAAUCGAGACCUGCAAUCCCACGGCUAGGGAUGCGGGUGGAGGAGGAGCUGGAUCUCCAACAGCCGCCGCAGCUGCUCUGCCACAAGUGCCUCAGGGUAAAUACAGCUUCAUCCACAAGGUGGUCGACGGCAUCACCAUUGUGGUCAACACCGUCAACGUGAACUUCGUCAGCGCCGCCUUCACGGCCUCGGUGCAGAUGUCCCGUAUCCGCGUGGAAUCCAAAACGCCGAAAUGGGCCAACGCUGAUCUCCGCCUGACACGGCUCAAGGACGCCCAGAAGGGAAUUAUUUUGAUAUUCAAGGAGCUCUCUUGGCAGACGGUGCGCAUCGAGGCCAGUUCCACUCAGGACAAGUCGCUGACUCCGCUGCGACUCCUCACCAAUCAUGCCCGAUGCCGGAUCACGAUUCGCAAACGGCUCUCGGACUGUUCUCUGCUCGCUUCCCGCUUGGUCCUCAUCCUGGACGAUCUGCUGUGGGUGCUCACAGACUCGCAGCUCAAGGCAGCUCUGCAUUUUGUGGACUCUCUAUCCGGCUUGAUUAAGGCUGCCACACAUGCCACACAGAAGUCGAAGGCUGCUCGCAAAAUGCAGACUUUGCCGGAGUACAAGGCCCAAGUGGAGCAGCAGCAGAACCGUCUCUCCGAAUCGGCACACACCACGAACGCUCAGCGCAUGUUCAAUGCCUUCGAUGUACGGGAGACGUCGUAUCACUUCUUCAGCCAGCGCAUCGACCUCCAUCUGUGCGACGACGAGGGCGAUGGUCGCUCCAGUUACCCCGAGCUGGACAAGGGCGGUGCCCUGCAGGUGUCGGUGACUGCCUUCCAGGUGGACUACUAUCCCUACCACCUGGCCAAGUCCGAUCGCUCGCACUGGGCCAAGUACAAGGAGGCAUCGGUGGCGCCGGCUCUGUGGCUGAAGGAAUCGCUCAAUGCUUUCCGCGAAGCAGUGCUCAGCCUGAGCCAGCCGAAUCGGCCAGCCACGCAUGCGCCCCUGGAGAGGAGUGCUCCAGCCUCACCCAUAAUGCUGAAUGCCAGCAUGCUGGGCUCCCAACAUGGAGCGGGAAAUUACUCAAAUGGCAGCAGCACUCCCACAGCAGUCGGUGGAGCAGGAGGCUCGGGUGGGGGUUCUUUUGGGUCUGGAACGGCCUCAGCGAACAGUCAGCUCUCCCAGGCGGCACAGCAGCGGAGCACGCUAGAGAACCUGGCCAAGCUAAUGAGUUCUUGUGUGAUUCUGCGGAUCGAGGACUUCACCCUGUACAGAGUAACAACAUCCGGGAAGAAAGCCAUGCCCAAGGAAUUCGUUUCGGCACAACAUAAACGGAAAAGUAAAUCCUCAGGCGACAAGGACCGAUAUUCGUUUCCAGCCGAGAUGCCCAUCAUACACGCAGAGUAUACCUAUUUCUACUACCCAGGAGACUUUGUCUUUCCACUGCCGCCAUCAAAGAUCUUCGUGCAUGUCAACCCCAUUCAGGUGCACUUCGAUCUCAGCUCAAUUCUUUGGCUCAACUCCUUCGGCCUCAAUCUUCACGAGAGCUUGCUUCGAACGAGCGUUGGAUCUGGCUCCCAGCAGCCACAGAUGCAGCAUCCUUUGCAACAGAGCGCGCGCGGCUCGAUUGCCUCCAAUGGCUCCAAUGGCACACAGAUGGCUGGCGUGAAUGUCGAUCAGGAGCCCAAUCUGAUGUACAUGGAUGUCAAGGUGGAGGCGAUUAUGCCGCGCGUCGUCAUGGAGGCAGCGGUGGAUGCCCCCAGCCAGAAGGACAGGCCCAAGACGAUGCAGAUCCAGGUGUCUAGGUUUGCACUGACCAACAUCCGGGAAAUGGGCAGUUCCCGAGCGGAUCUGGCUCAAGCACUGCACUCCCUGCAGGAGGGAUCGCUGGUAUUCGGUUCUGGUUUUCCGUCCGUGGAGGGCGAUAUGUGCAUCGUUACGGAUCGAAUUCUGUCGCAUGUGGCAGCUUCAGAUGUCAGCAUGAUGUCUCCAGGGUCCCCUUCGGGGGGACAGCAACUGCCGCGCUCCGCAUCCACGCAGUACCUGUCCCGCUAUGUCAUGUGGCUGGAGCCGCGCGAUGUGUGGUGCAUCAAGCUGGACCCAGUGUGGGUGGAUUUUCUGGGCGCCCGAUCCCUGGGCCCCAACAAAUCCAUUCCGUUCGUGGACGCGGUGCCCAUUACAUUGUGGCUACACUCCGGCUCCGCCCAGGCACAACUGGAUGUGGGAAAGAACGGCGCUGCGGCCAGCAUGGAGAGCGUGGGCUUACCUCCGCUACCUACCUUGCCACCGCUCCAGCCGUGCAAUCCAUUCCUAAGCGACGAGGAUGUACGACUAGCAGGGGAUUUGGGUGCAUCUCCACCGGCUCCUGCUCCCGACCGGACAGCAGAUGUCCACGCCAUCGCCCACAUUUCCAACUUAGUCAGCCUGCAAAUCGAUCACUACCAGCUGCUCUUCCUGCUGCGCCUGGCCGAGGAGCUAAACGAAAUGACCACGUUUCUGAACCUGGAUGCCGAGCGCAUCUUGCAAAAGCAAAACGAACAAAAGUCUAUUAUUUUUGGGUGCGUUGUGCCGCAGAUCGAGGUGACGCUCGUGAUGCCAUCGCCAACACCUGGUAAGGAAUCAAGUGGUGGUGAUGCUGAAAGCGUCGUACCCGAUUCAGCUAGUUUGGGUGAUGAUUUACACAUGAAUAGCGGCAACAUAACCUGGCCCACACCACCGCCACUGGAUCAGUUGAAGAGCAAUACGUUUGGCAGCGUGGAGACUCCGUCUCCAGUGACCAAUGAGCCACCUUUCGACAGUGGCAUACACAUAUCCAAUCCCAAUACGCAUGGCUACAAUGUUCAGAUACAGAGCACUCCAACACUGGCUUCCUCGACACCCAGCCAGGGAUCUCGACCCGACACGGGCAUCUCCUCACAAUCGCAGUCCCAGACCCAGUCCCAGAGAAGCGGCAAGAGCGGAGGCAGUCGCUCAGGCGGUGCUGGUGGAGACACUGUUCCCAGUCUCACCAAGGAAAUCAACUCGGGCCUGCUGUCCAUGAAGAAGGGCUUCUCCAGCUUCAUGACUUCCAUCGACUCGGCCAUUAAGUCGGGCACUCCCAACGACGACGCCAGUGAUACGUUCUCCAUUCAGAGCGACAUUAGCUCCGAUUCGGAGAACUAUGCCAUUGUGAUGGGUGAUGACAAGACGAUGGACUGCAUGGAUGUGAUGUUCCGCUUGAAUCCCUUCACCAAUGACAACAAUAUGAAGGCCUCGCCGGUGGAGGUGGCCAGCGAGGUGUACGAAGAGCAGCCCAGCAGCUAUAAGACGAAUGCAUCCUCGCCAUCGGAGCCCUCGGAAGGAAGUACUUGGCGGCGACGGGAUCUGGUGUCCAUGGCUACCUUUAGGUUGACCACCGUGGAACUGAUCCGUCAGCAGGAGGGUCCCAAGUCCUCGGUGCGCCUUCAGGUGGCCGCCGUGUCUUGUGACGAGUGUGGCGCCAUUCCCUGGGAUGAGUUGCAGAUCGCGCAUCAAGCCAAAAAGACAAAGUUCGGGGCUCGUUGUAAAGCCUGGAACCUGGCGCCCUACAAUCCAGAGGCUCCACCCUGCAUCCGGUUGCGGUUGGAGGAGACCCUCAACAUGCCCAAGGAUAUUGAAGGAAUUAUUGAUAGGAAACGUAUUCAGAGUUGGAUCACUCACCAUGCCGAAAUUCGAGUUAAAGACAUCAAUAUGGAUCUCUCAAUGAGCACCGUGAUUGGUUUAGGUGACUUGGCCGAGGAUGAGGUCAUCUCCCCGCCCAUGCCAGUGACUGUAAACUUGGAAAAUGUUCGCAUUAAUUUGCUGGAAGACCGUCCGCCAGUUAAUAUUACCUCACCAGGACCUGUGCCCAUUAAUUUGUGCAUCGGUCGCAUGCGAUUGGAGCGUGACAAGAACGGAGUGCUUAACAUUCAACCCAUAGACACAAACAUGAGUGCCGCGCAACACCAAGCCUUGGGCAGUGCCUUGUUCGGAGCUCCACGGGAGCGCGAUCGAGAGCUACUCUCCAUGCAGCUGGUGAUGCAGCAGAUGAAGUUGGAUAAUGAUCAACUGCGCCGGCAACUUGUCGACUCCAAAGUAAAUACAGACAACUACAGACAAAAAACCAAACAGGAAACAGAUGUACUGCGCUCCUAUUUGAAGGCCGCCCAGGAUGACAUCAGUAUUUUGCUGGAGGAGAAGAAAGCUUUAUUGGACACCAUACGAUCGUUGCAGGUACAACUGACCUCAUCGAAUAUGAACAGAAAAAGUGAUGGCAACAGGUAGCACAAUUGCAUGGACUGCAUACAGUGCUGUGGCGAAAACAACAACGCCUAACCUAGAGCUUAGCCAGUUAGCCAGUAUGCCAGUAAUAGUCAAGACGAGUCAAUACCCUCUACAAGAAAUGCCCAUGACGUCCUCAAAACAUCAUCGCCAUUCGAUUUUGAGUUUAGCAGAAGACUGAGCCGUACCGAAAACGGACACUUUCCACGUUGCCGUUCUUCAUACUUAUACUUAUACAAGAAGCCUAUACGUAUAUACGAAAAAUCUAUAUCCAUAGCUAUAUCUAUAUCUUUAUCUAUAUGGAUAUUGUUUUUUUAAUCGGUUUUAAGCUGCCACAAGCUUUUGCUAUUGUUCCAAAGAAUCAUUUAUUAUAUUGUUUUGUAGAUUUUGGACAAGUUUUUAUGUUGAUAUAUAUUGCUUAGCCUUUUUAAAAGCAGACUUUUAACUUUUAACCACCAUUGUUAAUUAAUUUCUAAAAUGGAUAAUCAAAUUGAAAACGAAAAUCGAAAAAUGUAAAAGCGGAUAGCUGAUAGCUUCUCAACUAUGUACAGUCGUACCGCCUACUCACCGUAUUGUAUAUUAUUGCUAAUUCCAUCGAUAUUGGAUAGAACAUAUUGUUGUGAUUCAUGAUCAUAUCAAAAACUGAAUUCUAGUAACCAUAAUGCAUUGUUGUUGUAAUCGUGUGCUAGCAAUUAAUUGGCCAAAUUUAUCAUAUAACUUUAUAGUAUUCUCUCUCGGAUGGGAUGAAAAUUUAUCGAAGAGCUCUUGAAAAUUGUAUUCCCUCAUAAAUCAUUGCAUUCCAAUUCGAUUCAUCAAUCCUUUUUGCCGCAAAUACUAAUCAAAAAUUACGAAAUGCAGAACAUUAUAAUCAAAAGUGUUAAAGCCAUCCAAAGUCCUAUAACCUAUCCCCAAAAAAAUACAAAAAAAAAACUUUAAUGUUGAAAUGAAUCAAAAAACUCAAAGUCGGUAUACAAAUUUUAAAUUAAAAUUUUGUAAUAUUUCAAAUUGUAAAUGAGGAACUGUUUGUAAUUGUAUUAUAAAGUUUAAUAUUAAACUAAAACGAUUAUUGAUUGUUAUAUAUAAAUUAUACGAAAGUUUUCAUCUGUAGCUAGGCGAAAUAAAACUGAAGAAAUUGAAGUCAUAUUUAAUAUUGCAAAUAUAUUCAAAUGUAAAUGUUAA